UCUGUACCAAACACUGAGUGAGGUGAAGGGGGAGGUGGAGGAGGUGAUUGCCACAGGGCGGAGGAUGGUGAAGGAGGGAGAGUGUGGUGACCCAGGUGACCUUACUUCAAGACUGGAUCAGGUCAAAGCUCUCUACAACCAGCUUGGGGGUGCAGUGACGGAACACCGAGGGGCAUUGGAGAAGGCCCUGCGGAACACCAGAAAGAUCACAAAAGACUGCCAACAACUGGAGGAGUGGCUUGGUGGGACAGAGGCGGAACUGGACCAGAGAGAGGCAGACAUCCACUGUAGGAAUGUUCAGGCGGACCUCCACUUUGUACAGCACGCCCUUGAGGACUUGGCCAGACGCAAACCACUGCUCGCGGGGGUGCGGGAGGGGGUGGGGGGGCUGGUGAGGGAGGCCGGCCCCCCCCCUGGAGGAGAGGGUGGGUGACCUGACCUUGACCUGGGAGAGAGUUACCACGAGGCUCACAAACCGACUCGCUCAUUUGCAGAGUGAGCAAGCACUGAAGGAGGGGGAGAUGGAGGCCUUCAUUAUUGGCCUUGGGGAGGUGAAAGGGGGGCUGGAGGGGGCUGAGUCACAGCUUAGGGCCCUCCCCAGCCUGCCCCAGGAACAGCAACUGAGGGUCUUAAAGCUGGUGCAGGGUGAGUCACAACAGUUGAGGUCCCAGCUGGAGGAGAUUAGGGCCUCCUCAGAGUCCCUCACCUCCCAGGGCGUCCUCCAGCAGGAUCGAGUGGACCCUGAGCUGCAGGACCUGGCCCGACGCUGUGACACCAUCACCCACACCCUGCAGCGUUUGCAUGGUAAGGAGACCACCACCAUCACCACCACUACCACCACCACCACCUCCACCUCAUCCACAAGCGAAAAUCCACUCAAAUCCACAUCUGAGCCACAAAAAACAGAUGUGGAAGAGGUGGAAGGAACUGUAUCCACUAAUUUCACUUGCCAGUAUACCCAAUCCACCUCGCUAUCCACUUUAUCCACCUCGCAGUCCACCAGCCACUCCACCUCGGACAAGUGGGUGGAGGAGGUGGUGAAGCCGUUAGUAUCCCAUAAUCUGGUGGAUGAAAAAGUGGAAGCAAGCAUGUUUUCAUCCACCGAGAGUUCUGUUUGGGGUGAAAGUGGACUUGGGGACAGCGUAGUGCGGAUCGCGGUGGAGGAGGAGAAGCCUUGCACUCCAUCCACCUCCACGCCGACCAAGGUGGAGGAGAGUGACAGUGGAGGAGGAAGUGGAGGAGGAAAGAGAUUGAAUUUAGUGGAAGUGGAGGAAGUGAAAAUGAUAAUAUCUCAUUUAUCCUUCAAUAUUCCCUCCACCUGCUCCACUUUAGAGCGUCCUGCGGGGGGGAAGGAGGAGGAGGAGGAGGUGGAGGAGGUGGAGGAGGAGGAGGAGGAGGGGGGGCUGGAUGACCUUAUCGCAGGCCUGCAGGAGGUGGCAAAAAGUGGAGGACGCCUGAAAUCGUCCAGUAUUCUUCCACAUCCUAGACCAGAUGAAGAUGACCUUGAAUCUUUGACCUCCUUGGAUACUGACAUGGCGCCCGCUUCUGAGGCCAGCCGUGACCUUGAGGCGACCUUUUCUGACCUUGAGUCCAUUUCUGAGAGCGUGGCGUCCUCUAAAGGCCCAUGUGGAGCGGUGGAGGCGGUGGAGGAGGAAGGAACAGUGGAGAGAUCAGCAUUCAUACCUCAGAUAGCUAUCAGCGAGCCUAUCCACAUGUCUGUCGUUAACGCCUCUCCACUCGCUCCUCCACCUACCCAGAAUGCCGUGCCCCUGGUGGAUGGUGCCCCAGGGAAGCCCGCAUCAGGUGGAGCAGGGAGGAGUGGUGUGGAGUUACCGGUGGAGGCGUUACAGGCGAUGAUAGCGGAGUUAGAAGAAGUUCUUAGUGAAGCGAGUAGUAGUGAUGGUGGUGGUGAUGGUGGUGGUGACGAUGGUGGUGGUGGUGGUGAGUCAGAAGCACCACCACACUCACCACAAUCACCUAAGUCAACACCCCUUAUAACACCACAACACACUUCCACCACAACCACAACCACUACCACCACACCCCAGCCAGGGCCACCCUCCAUAGACACCCCAGACAACCCGAGCACCCCAGUGGCACCCUCACACACCCCUGCAGCACCCCAGGACACCCCAAACACCCCUGGACAAGACCCCAUUGAGUUUACUAUACAAGAAAUCCACGUGGCAGAAGUAGAAUUUGCGAGAGGGAUCUUAGAAAACCAUACCACACUUUCUCCACCCUCUCCACCGCGCGCCACAGCCACCACCACCACCGCCACAGUCCAGGAUGACACAUACACCCUUGGAGACACCCACCGAGGCGCCCACUCCCCCGGGGGACCUCAGAGGGUAUCAAUACAGUCCUCUGAAGUGGUGCAAAGAAUGACUCUCGUGGCCUCGUCUGAAAAUCGUUUACCUGAAGUACAGAGAGCGGUUAGAGUGACUUUGAUCUCCCAGCCAGGGUCAGUGGAGGCUCUGGGGGAGGUGGAGGAGGUGGAGGAGGAGGUGGAGGUGGAGGAGGAAGAGGAGCAAGUGGAUAAGGAAGAGGAGGCGUCGAUGCACGUGGAGUUUGUGGAUUUAGAGAAGCAGGAGGAGAUGACUGGAAGCAAAAUUACUACUACUACUAUUACUACUACUACUGCUACUACUACUACUGGACCACCACCAGAAAAGGAUGAGGUGGAGGAUUACUUGCGAGAGGUCAGCCUAAUGUCGGACAAGGUCACAGCACUCACAGCCCAGGCCCGCACACCCCCGCCACACCCCACAGCCCGCCACAGACUGGAGGCAGUGGAGGGGGCGGUGGUGGCGGUGGAGCCUGAUGUAGCGACCUUAAUCUCCCAGGGCGACACACUGACCUUGGAAACUCAUAUGGUGGAUGUCCAACGCGCUCACAACAUCAGAGUGGCUGUCAAUGACCUUAGGGCGCAGUGGUCGGCCCUUAAGGGACUCGUGGAGGAAAGCAAGACCACCACCACCACCACCACCACCACCACCACCACCACCGCCCUGCUGGCCACCAUAGGGCAGCUGCGUGAGGGCGUGGCGGCCACAGCGAGGGUGCUGGGGGCGCCAACCCUCACCUCCCCCACCCCCUACCACAACCUCAAGGCACAGGAGGAGGAGCUCAAGAGGGUGAAGGAGCAGCUGGCAGAACUCAAGCCUCAGGUGGAUGAAGUGGAGGAGGAGCGAAGGAGACUAAGUGGAGGAGGGGUGGAAGAGGAGGCUGUGCGGAAGGCUGGAGACAAGCUGAGGGAGGAGUGGGCUCAGGUGAACCGCAGCCAGACGGACAAACACGGGCGAUGGGUGGAGUGCUCUGAGAAGUGGAUGAGCCUGCACAAGAUGGUGGAUGAAUUCUCUGUGUGGAUAGGUGGAGCAGAGGAGCGGAUCAGGGAGACGGCUGGACGUACGGACAGACAGACACUGGUGGAAGCAAAGUCCACACAGAAGGAGAUGGAGAAGCAAGUCACUUUAAAGCAUAGACCCAGCCAGGCGGUUCAGGCGUUGGGCCGGGAGGUGGUGGAAGGCCUGCCAGUGGAAGAAGGGCGGAAGAUCCAGGAGAAAGUGGAUGGACUUGUGAAGAGGUGGAAGGCUCUGCUGGUGGACCUUGCUGCGAGGAGGGAGAGAAUAGCAGAGGAGGAAAGUGGAAGACAAGAAGAAGUGGAAGAGGAGGAGAAGAAGAAGAAGAAGACGACGACGAAGGAGGAGGAGGACGUGGAGGAGGUGAAAAUGGAGACAAAGGUGGAGAAACAAGUAUUCUCCACCUACUCCUCUCCUCCACCUCCUCCACCUUGCUAACAGGUGGAAUAAGUGAAUAUGACUCCUUGGAGACGUGGGUGGAUCAGGUGGAGGCGUUGAUGGCCGCCCCUGUGAAUGUGACGGAUGAGGCCUCCUUAUCCGCCCACUCCACUAUGGUGCUAAACCACCUUCAGGAGUUGGCCAGCAAACAAUUAGCAAUGAAGAAGCUGAAGGAAGGAAGAGUCAAGCCUUCCUCUCCCUCUCUCUCACAGCUCACCUCUCUACAGGCACGGAUUAACAAGAUCUCACAAACCCUUCCAGUUUAUAAAGAAAAGGUGGAGACUAAGCUUGGGGUCAUUAAAACGCUGUGCCUGGAAGUGGAGGAGGUGUACCGGUGGACCGAGGAGAUGAGGGUGAAGAUAGCGCUCCGCCGGAUGGACCAGGUGGAGGUCAGGUCAGCUGGGGUCACACUAAGGGAGAAAGAAGCAAUGUUUGAAAACCUGGACACAACUUUUUGGGUGUUGGCACAAGAGGUUGAAGGGAAGGGCCUCUCUGUCUCUCUGGCACUGAAGAAUCGGAUAUCCACUAUUGAAGAGAGAUUGAAAACUAUGGAAAUUCAAUUAAAAGACGCUGCCGCCGCCCCCCCCGCGCCCCCCCCGGCCGAGGAGGGGUGCAGGAAAGCCGGGGGGAGCAGGGGGCAAGACAGGGAGCGCCGCCCCCCACUGUAGGGUCAACUGUUACUCCAAAUGUGACUUCUGUGAUCA